UGAUGAUUAUAUCUGAGUUAAUACAUUUGUCACCUCUCCAUUUGUAGAGUUCAUGAUACAUCAUCCCCUUUACUUUUUAACCUUUUCACCGAUCUUACAUAUGUGGGUACUACUUAGGUUAUGAUUUAAAGAUGAUGAAGUAAAGAAGAUGUAGUUGUAAUGAUCUAGUCUUGGCGAUGAAUUUGAUGCAGAGUAAAUAAACAGGAGUUAUGAUGGAUACAAAUGAAUCAUCAUCAUGUGUUCCACCAGGAUUUCGGUUUCAUCCAACGGAUGAAGAGCUUGUGGGAUACUAUCUUAGAAAAAAAAUUGCAGCCCAAAAGAUUGAUCUUGAUGUUAUUAGAGAUAUUGAUCUCUACAGAAUUGAGCCAUGGGAUCUUCAAGAUAAAUGCCGGAUCGGAUAUGAAGAACAGAACGAGUGGUAUUUCUUCAGCCAUAAAGAUAAGAAGUAUCCGACAGGGACGAGAACAAAUAGGGCAACCCUGGCAGGGUUUUGGAAGGCUACUGGAAGAGACAAAGCAGUGUACGAUAAAUCCAAACUCAUAGGGAUGAGGAAAACACUGGUGUUUUAUAGAGGAAGAGCACCCAAUGGCCAGAAAUCUGACUGGAUCAUGCAUGAAUAUCGACUCGAAUCCGAAGAAAAUAGUCCUCCGCAGGAAGAAGGUUGGGUGGUUUGCCGAGCAUUUAAGAAGAGAAACACAGGCCAAGCAAAGAUCAAUAAUGAGGAAGGAUGGGAAUCAAAUUAUUUUUAUGAAGAAUCAAGUGGAGUCAGCUCUAUUGUGGAUCCCCUUGAGUAUAUCCCAAGACAGCCUCCUACUGGAAAUUUCAUGAGCCAGAAUUUACUAUGCAAGCAAGAAAUAGAAGCCAAUAACAAUAGUAGUUUCAACUUUUUACAUUCAGACCAGUUUGUUCAGCUUCCACAGCUAGAAAGCCCUUCUCUGCCACUCAUGAAAAGGCCUAGUUCCAUGUCACUUGUCUCUGAGAAUAACCGCGACGAAGAUGAUCAGCAGAUAACGAAAAGGAGUAAGAUAAAUAAGAAUGUCAAUGAUAGAGUAACGGACUGGAGGGCACUCGACAAGUUUGUUGCUUAUCAGUUGAGCCAUGAUGACGACGGUGUUUCGAGCUAUGAACCUCACAAUGGUUCGGAUUUGGGAAUGCUGUUAUUACAGAGUGGAAGAGAAGAAGGACCUAAGUUGGAUGACUUGCUGAGUUCAACUUCUAACCGUGAUAUUGGCAUUUGCAUAUUUGAUAAAUGAGGAGGAAUUAAGAAGAAAGAGAGGAGGAAGAAAUGUCCAAGGAAUAAUAGCUAGCCGUUGAGAAUAUUAUACAUAUGUAUUAUUGCGUAAACAUAUUGUUUUUGUAAUGAGUGAAAAGAAUCACUUCAUCAUUAUUGAAGUGUGCAGUAUGAUUGUGAAUUUUUUUUUUCAUAAUGGAUGACGGUGAGACUCAAACUCAGGA